AUGGAAGGCCGCUUAUUUGGCUUCUCGAUGAAAGAAUUUCGUGAAUUAGCGUAUGAGCUAGCGGAAAAAAAUGGGUUGGCCAAUAACUUUGAUGCCGAAGCACGAAUCGCCGGAGAAGACUGGGCAAACAAUUUUUUGAAACGUAAUGCAACAAUUUCAUUAAGAAAGCCAGAAGCAACAUCUGCGGCUCGAGCUAUGGGGUUUAACCGAGUAGCUGUGGCAAAUUUUUAUAAUUUGCUGGAGGAGUGUAUUGAAAAAUAUGGAUUUUCCUCAAGCAGGAUAUUCAACGUAGACGAAACUGGGAUCACUACCGUUGCAAAGAGUUUAGGAAAAAUUCUAGCAACUAGAGGGAGGAAGCAAGUAGGAUCGUUAUCUUCUUCAGAGCGAGGACAACUACUAACCGUGGAAAUUUGUAUGAGCGCUGAUGGUUCGUAUAUGCCGCCAAUGUUUAUUUUCCCUCGAAAAAGAAUGAAAGCCGAGCUGAUGGAUGGAACACCACCUAAUUCAUGGGGCGAAUGCAACAAAAAUGGAUGGAUAACUAAGGAUCUGUUUUUGAAGUGGUUCAAAAGAUUUAUAGAAUGGUCACGCGCAACCAAAGAACAACCAGUUUUGUUACUUUUAGACGGGCAUGCAAGCCAUGUUAAGAGCAUUGAAGUCAUAGAUGUUGCAAGAGCAAGUGGUGUUGUCAUGCUCUGCUUUCCACCACACUGCACACAUCGAAUGCAACCCUUGGAUGUAACGUUUAUGAAGCCUCUGAGCUCAUAUUAUUGA